AUGCUCAGUACUAUCUCAAGAACCCGCUUGAAUGGUCUUUCAAGAGUGAUCAGUUCCUCGCAUUCUACAGUCCUGGCGAUUCGACAUGUAUCAUUGAAUUCAGCAAUUGGGGAGGGAAUUCGCAGAUCUCAGUCGGUAGAUGCGGACAGAGAGGAUCGCCGCGGCAACGAGUCUCGGUUUCCUAAACGCGAACGACAAUACGAGGGGCAAUACGGAGCGCGACAAUACGGAAGAUCAGGUGAAUCCAAUUUCAGUGAGCGUCAAACAAAUGGAGCGCGACAAUACGGACAGCAAAAAUACGAAAGAUCAGGCCAAUCCAACUUCAAUGAGCGUCGACCAUAUGGAGCGCGACAGUAUGGAGAACAAAAGCCCGACAAAUCAAACACCGGUUCUCAUCGCAACUACCGCCAGGGUCGCAAAGACAAUGAUCGCCGACAAUUGACAUGGAACGACAACUCUCAGUCCCCAAGACACAGCCGAAAGGAAGAAAAGUUUGAGUUUGAUGAAGAUGAGUUCAUUCGCUCUGGCGAUUUCCGAGGACUCCCUCGUGAACAUCAAUCACGGUUCCAGUCACGAUUCCAAUCGCGAACACAAGACAGUUCAUUCACACAAUCGGGACGGGGAAGACCUUCAAUGGAUGAACCACGGGAGAAGGAGCCAGCAAGAUCUCGAGCUCAUCGGGUCACGAACAGCAUGCCAGAGCGGGUGAAGGACAAUGUGAAAGUGCCCGACACAAUUCCCUACACUACACCGGCAUCUGAGUUCAUUUACGGCACAAGCGCCGUGGAGGCGGCGCUGCGCUGCAGUCGGCGUCAACUAUACAAGCUCUAUAUCUACCAGAGCACAGAUGAAGAGCUAAGUGCAGCCAAGAUGACAAUCCGCAAAUUGGCACUGUCAAAGAACAUUACAGUAAAAAUGGCAUUUGCAGGAUGGGAUCGGCUUAUGGACAAGAUGAGUGGUGGGCGACCUCACAAUGGGUGCAUUUUGGAGGCAUCUCCUUUACCAAAAUUACCUGUGCGUGGCCUGCAGGCUGUUCCAUCUAUAUCCGAUGAGUAUUUCCGGACGGAGCUUGCGCCACAAACCCGGGAAGAAGCUGCGGUAAAUGGCACCGAUGAUCGUAUCCGGAUCCAUCACCCAUCUCCAUCCCCGCAAGAAACUGAACAACGCCAUCGAUACCCAAUUGUCUUGCUAUUGGAUGGAGUGGUCGAUACCGGUAAUAUGGGCGCCAUCAUCCGUUCAUCCUAUUUCCUGGGUGUCGAUGCAAUUGUUCUAGCCGGUCGCAACUCCGCACCAUUGUCUCCCAUCACCAUCAAAUGUUCUGCCGGUGCAGCCGAGAAUAUGCCUAUUCUUCAUGUGAAGAAUGAAGUUGAUUUCAUUCAGCGAUCCCAGCAGAACGGUUGGCGAUUCUAUGCUGCAGAUGCACCACUCCCCGGCUCUGUGCCUUUGGAUCACAUCUCGGCGGGCAGUGAUCAAACCGGGGCCAAAUUGCCCAUCACGAUUGCACCUAGUGUUAUCAUGAUGGGCAGUGAGGCUACUGGAUUGAGCUCACAUAUCAAAUCGCAUGCAGAUGCAAUCGUCAGCAUUCCCGGUGCCCGGCAUAGUUCCAUUCUAGGCGUUGAGUCGGAUCCUGCCCGCAUCGACAGUCUGAAUGUGAGUGUCGCCGCCGCGCUACUGAUGGAGAAGUUCUUACGUACUCCCAUAACUUUGGGUGAGAUUGUCAAGAAGGAAAAGAAUAUGGGAAAGGAGAAAAUGUGGUAA